AUACGUUCCACUGUUGUGGAAUCAAUGAUACCAGUAGACUGUCCAACAUGAAACCAUGUUUGGUUUCCGGUCAUGUUUAUUUUCUCUUCACUUCGUCUUUCACUAAUAGGUCGGCUCGCAUUGAUAUCAUUGCAUGCACAGUGGCGUUUGGCAUGGAUUAUCUUAUACCACGACGGCUCAAUUUUUCAUUUUCUUUUUUGGCGCGGGCAGGGCGGCAGCACUUUGUCGGCCAUCAGCAUCAUUAUCACCAGAGGCCGUACAUGCGAUAGGAGGAGAAACUAGGACGGCGCGUCUUAAUGAACCACGGUGUAGAUAUCACAUUGAACAGUCUAUGCUUGUGUAUAUUGUACGUUGAACACGAAAAGAAAACUUGCAUGGUUUGGGAAAGUAGGAUGCUGCGGGUGUUGUGAAGCAGCCCGAGUGUUUGUGUUAUUCAGA